AUGGCCGCCGCCCGGCGGUACUACUACGAGCUGAACGAUAGCUACACGGUCGACCUGCGCCAAACGGAACCGGAAGAGUACGGACCGCCCCUGUCGACGCUGCUACAGGACACCACGGCGUACGGGUUCGUGCGGCCCGAACCGGACCAGACGGCGGUCGGUGAGAGCCGGAUACAGAAGUCCAUCCGGUUGCUCGCGGACUCGUUUACGCCAUCGCCGUCGCCGGCGUGGCCAUCGUCGGGGGACGAUGGUGGACUGGGGCUGCCGGCCACUUCCGAUGACCUGGUGGUGGUGGACGAGGUGAACGAUUACGUGCCGUACGAGGAGCGCCCGGAAACGUACAUCGUGCCCGUCGUCUUCGCGCUGAUCUUCAUCGUCGGCAUCGUCGGCAACGGGACGCUGGUGGUGAUCUUUCUACGCCACCGGGCGAUGCGAAACAUUCCCAACACAUACAUAUUCUCUCUGGCGCUGGCCGAUCUGCUGGUGAUCCUGAUCUGUGUGCCGCUCGCCUCCAUGAUCUACACGCUCGAGUCGUGGCCCUGGGGUGGAACACUCUGCCGGCUGACGGAGUUUGCUGAGGAAAUCUCGAUCGGUGUGUCGGUGUUCACGUUGACGGCCCUGUCCGCCGACCGAUACUGUGCCAUCGUCAACCCACUGCGCAAGCUACAGACGCGCCCUCUGACGGUGAUUGUGGCAUUUCUGAUCUGGGUGCUGGCCAUCAUCUGUGCGAUGCCAUCCGCGUACAUGUCGGACGUCGUCGUGAUCGAGCUGUCGAACAAAACCAUCGAGUACUGCUCGCCGUUCGGACCGCGGGCUAACGACUCCAACUACUCCAAGUACAAAACGGUCCUGAACUCGAUCGUGUACUACUUCCUGCCACUGUCCAUUAUCGGCAUCCUGUACGUGCUGAUGGCCCACCGGCUGCACACGAGCGCGCGCGAGAUGCCCGGCGAAAAUGCCGGCCCCCAGAGCCGCUCGCAGGCGCGAGCCCGGCGCCACGUGGCCCGCAUGGUCAUCACCUUCGUGGCCGUCUUCAUCGUGUGCUUCCUGCCGCACCACGUCGUCGAGCUGUGGUUUCACCUGAACCCGCGCGCCGAGGAGGAUUACGAUGACUUCUGGCACUUUUUCCGCAUCACCGGCUUCUGUCUCAGCUUUCUGAACUCCUGUAUCAACCCGGUGGCCCUGUACUGCGUGUCCGGCGUGUUCCGGCAGCACUUCCACCGCUACCUGUGCUGCCGGCCGAUGACGGUCCAGCGCCGGAUCGGUCUGUCUUCGGCCGGAAACGCGUGCGAGACGAGCUUCGUGUCGACGAUCCGGCGCUCGCACAACCACAGCAUCCGAAAGUCGCUCUCGGUGCAGAGCGUCCAGGGGAAGAGGUGA